AUGGAUCGAGUGACGUACUACACCCGAACAAUCCCAACCGUAUUACAAGUUCAUGUCGGUAUUGACAAAUUUUGGCAAGCUGUUGACAAUCAGGCAAAUGUGACUUCAAAGAGCAACACCAAACGUACUGCAUCUAAUGAGUUUGUGCAUGGUUCUCCAAUAACUAUCAAAGAUGUACCACGAGAUGAAGAUUUACACACAGGUGCUUGUGACAAUCAAUCAAGUGCGACUUCAGAAAGCAACACCAGACCUGCAGUACCUAACGUGACUUCACAUGGUUCUGCAGAUCGUCUUGAUGCUAUACCAGGAUCUAAGGAUUUGGAUACAGCUGUUGAUGAUCAGACAAGUGUCACUUCAGAGAGUAAAACGACACCUGAUGCAUCUCAUGAAUCUGCGCAUGGUUCUACAACUUCUCUCAAAGAUGUACCAGGAGAUGAAGAUUUACACACAGGUUCUGGUGACAAUCAACCAUGUGCAACUUCAGAAAGCAACACCAGACUUGCAGCACCUAACGAGACAUCACAUGCUUCUGCAGAUCGUGUUGACGGUAUACUAAGACCUAAGGAUUCGGAUACAGCUGAUGACAAUCAGACAAGUGUGACUUCAGAGAGUGACACCACACCUGAUGCAUCUCAUGUGUCUGUGCAUGGUUCUACAAUUUCUCUCAAAGAUGUAUCAGGAGAUGAAGAUUUAUACACAGGUGCUGGUGACAAUCAACCAAGUGCAACAUCAGAAAGCAACACCAGACCUGCAGCACCUAAUGAGACUUUGCACGGGUCUGCUGAUCUUCUUGACGCUAUACUAGGACCUAAGAAUUUGGAUACAGCUGAUGACAAUCAGACAAGUGUGACUUCGGAGAGUGACACCACACCUGAUGCAUCUCAUGAGUCUGUGCAUGGUUCCACAAUUUCUCCCAAAGAUAUACCAAGAGAUGAAGAUUUAUGCACAGAUGAUGAACAUGACAGUCCCGUGAAGACUAGAAGACCAAUUCCAAAAGGUCUAAAUUCUAAAAUCUAUCCUGGUGUGUUCAAGCUUGUACUGGUAACUCACGAAGAGACUGAAACAGGCGUUACAUCAAAGCCUGUACUUCAACAGCAUGAGGUAGUACGUCUAUGCCACAAGAUAGCACCCAAUAAAGUGUCAGCAAAAGCAGAUCCAUCAAAGCUAGUACUUAGUGAGCUUGACGAUAUUUGCUUGAAAGUGAUCGGCAUUUACGGCAAUGAUGAAGAAAUUGUGCAUUUCCUCUGUGAAGAUUGCAAGUUUGAAGAAUCCGUUUAUUCUUUAAAAGAAAACGUACAGGAAUAUCCUCGCGGUCUUUACGCAUUUUUUGCUGAACCAGACAUUCUGUUCGUUAUGUUUUUGCAAAGACAGUCAAGAAUAGAUAAAGCUUCAGGAAUUGAUAAAUUUUCUGUACGAUUUCUUCGAUACUUACGAGAACUAUCUACCCACAUAUAUGUAGUUUUCAACUCUACUCAACUCAAAGAGUUACAAACGCAUUACGAAGAAGAAAAAGACGAAUCUGACGAAGAGCCCAAAGCUUAUAAGAAAAGGCUAGGACCUCAGAAGAUGUUGAGCAUUAGCAAUGAUAUGAAGUUGGUGCCAGACUUUCAGUGCAAUUUGCUGCAACCCUUUGAUGUAUCAAAGUCAACUGAUUUGAUAGCUUCAUACGGUCACGAAGGAUACGCAAUUUUUCAAACCGAAACAUUGACGGCACUUCGACUGGAAUGCAUGCGACGAGCAGAUUUCCAUGCAAGCUCAAGUGAAUUUGCUACAGUUGAAUCUCCGGUGAUGGUACCAAUUGAUUUUCCAUUUAUCAACUUUAAAGAACUACUGUGUCUUCAUUGUGUGGAUACACCAUCUGAAAGGUGUUUGAUAGCAGUUAUUCGAGGAAGUAAUAAUGACUGUGAUAAAGUAUUUGUAUUUGGUGGUCGUGUGAUGAAUUUUAAACGACCAAUUCGCUUUUUCUUUAAAAUUGUGCCAACAGCGUUUGCGUUUAGGCGUAAACUUAUCGGCUGGUACGACAAAGAAAAGAAGGAAGUUUGCGUUUACAAAAUGGCUACCGAUUAUAGGAAAUUGCCACAAGUUUGUUGUGUGCCACUUCGACAGAAUUUAGAGGUAGACGAAAUAAAAUUUCAAGAGUUCCUCAAAGACGAUCGACUUCUCAUUAUAGACUGUCGCAGUCGAGGAAGAAUAGCCGACUUAAACAGAAAAGAAGUGGUUGGAGAGUUUGAUUUACCGGACAGCCUACUCGACUUGUGCAGCAUCUCGUCGACCCAAUUAGUAUGUGCUCACGGAGAUUCCAAUAGUAUCAGUUGCACUGUUUUGCAAAUCGAAACUUCACGUGUAUCCCCAUUAGGAGCUACUAAGAUAGACAUGCCAAAUGUUCAUUUGCAAACAUUGAGAAUUAUCAAGUUACACGGUCAUUGCUACUUUACCGCAAUAGAUUCUCACACUUUAAAAUUAGUAUCGUGGAGGAAAACGACUGCAGCUGAUGAUAAACAAAUUAAACAAGCUGGAAUGAAGGUUGCUAGCCCUGCAGACAUGAUGAAAGGGUUCCAAACUAUCUUUGACGAAUAUUCUGUACGUCACUGUUACGAAACCUUUGUGAAACCUUUGUCUUUGUCAUUUCCAGUUUAUGACAGUAGCACGUCUUUUAUUUCCAGGGUCACAUCGAGCAUGAGAACACGAAUACAAGACUAUUUGUGCAAGACAAAAGAAAACAUGCACAAGAAAGUAGACGAAAUCAAGCUAGAUAUCAGUGCUUUUAAUUCAGCCGAUGCACUAAAAUUACAGCUGAACGUUGGAGCCGUAUCUCUCGGGGACUGGAUACGUCAACUCGUUCCCACUGUCCCAGCACAGAUCGCUAGAAUUGAAAGUCGUGGUCUCGUACCGGUAAAGACCGACGGGUCUAAACUUGUUGUUGAAAAUGAUGCAAGUAUUGAGCAAAUGGUUCCGAAUAUGUCGUUUGGUUUGGUCGAAACACUUUUUGCAGACGCGGCACGAAAGCAACUGCCCAUAAAAGUAGUUUCUGCACAAGGAAAGCAAAGCACGGGGAAAAGUUAUUUUCUUAAUCAUCUUGCAGGUGCUCAUUUUGACACCUCUGGAUGGCGAUGUACCGAAGGGAUUUGGAUGUGCGCCAAGGUUUUACCAGAUUUGCUUUUGGUUCUUCUUGAUUUCGAAGGCCGUAGCACCGAAGAACGGACGGUUCAAGAAGAUUGUCUAAUGGCCAGUUUUGGUGCAGCUCUUAGUUCAGUCGUGGUUAUGAAAAACGAAAUUCGCGUGGAAGGGAAUGACAUCGAUUUUUUAAGUAAAGCUCUCAAAGAAGCAGCACAGCGUCUUUCUACAGGAAAUUUUCGAAGCAACGCGUUGUUCAAUGGAACUUUGUGUUUUGUACUAAAAGAUGUAAGUCACCGUGACGAGGAAGCAGUAGGCGAAGUUCAAGAGAAAAUUAAGAAUCGUAUGUCUAGUGUAAUUCGAAACAUUUCUAGAGAUGAACCAGAAAUAGUUGGCGACGCUGACAAACUAAGAAAAGAACUUUUUGAUGACUGCGUUGUUAUUUGUCAGCGACCUUUGACUAGUAAGCACUUCUAUAAAGGUUUAGAUGCAGUUAAGGAAGAAAUUGAUAACAAAUCGCCUAUUUCUAUUCCUCACAGCGAAAUGGUGAUUACGAUGAAAUCUAUUCUUGCCAAUUUACAUUUGAAAGGUGUUAUAAACGCCGAGGACACAACAUAUACCCUUCUAGAAGAUCGCCUUUAUCGACACAUGGAAAAUGCAGUUGCAUUUGGAGCCCAAUCACUUGCGGAUGAUGGUAAUGUCAUUGAACAUCUUACCGCUCAUGAAGGAGACUGUGCAGUUAUUGAAGACUGGACGGACUCACAGUAUUUGAUUCUUCAAGACCCAAAACUACAUCUGUGCAUUUGGAUACCCGCGAAGGAAGCCGCCAGCACUAGUCGAAAUACUUUGUCUGUCAACGUGCAACAAGAACAAUCGUUGUUGGAAGCAUACCGUAAAAUGGGAAGAAAACGAGACAUGGACGACACCAAGUGGGUACUCCAACUACAAGAAUUCUAUUCAGCGUUGAUUGAUAGACGCAUUAAGAGAGUUAAAAAAUGGAUUAGCUUAAAUCUUCCAUCUGAGAAAUCUCUCAACGAGACACUGAAACGGCGAAAGCAAAAUUUUUGGGAAAUAUGCAAUUCACGUUACUUUGAGCCUCUCCGAAAUAUUUGGAAGAUUUGCAAAUCCAUUUGCAGCCACAGAGAAAGCGUCGACAAACCGUGUUCGCGGUUGUGUAUCAGGCUUGCAGUUCUAUGUCAAUGUAAUACAAAAGGUUGUGACCUCUGCGACUGCCUUGAGCAGAAUCACUUGUGCGACGAGGAAUGCUUUUACUGCCUCCGCGGAAGAGAAUGCGAUUCGCAAAAUCCUAACCGUUGUGGACUAGGAGCCAAACACAAAGGCAAUCACGACUGUAGAAAAACAAAACACUUGUGUAGUCAACGUUGUUGGAAACGAGAUAUAUCUCAUGGUUGUAAUAUAUACUGUCAACGCAGCAUUGUCGACAAUCACUCUGAUCACGAAUGUGAAGCUGAACACAAGUGCAUGAAAAAGUGUUCUGCUCCAGAUUGUAGUUUUCGUUGUAGUCUUGAUUUGGGCCACGUUCAAGAUCGUUACAAAGCACACGACUGCGGCGAGAAACGCUGCUUAGUAGAAUGUUGCAUGGAGGGAUGCAAUGCGAUUUGUCACAACAGCGACCACUUCCAUGGCCCUGUUGCACACUUCUGUAGCAAACCUCAUCCUUGCGUUGGAUAUCUGUGUUCGGUUGAGGUUGGUCGCUGUAACAACAAAGGGUCACAUGAGAAGCUUCCGUGCUCAUUGGAAAUAGAAACAAGACAAUUAGAGCACGUGGGACAUCACGAUUGCAAAACCGAUCAUUUCUGUGAUGAACAAUGUCCAUGUGGAUGCUCAGAAUAUUGCGCAAGAAGGUUGAACAAGAGUACAGACGAACCUACAGGUCAACGCGUGUUUCAUGCUCACAACGGAGCUUGCACUACUAGGGCACACACCUUCUCUAAUGGUACGGUAAAAGUGUUUCAAGAAACAAUCGAAAUCUUGUCGGAAAGCGUUCUUAAAGCCAUACAAACAGGUGCGAUAUCAAUGACAAACGAUGCUGUCACAGAGCAUCUACACAGUUUUGAAGAGCCUGAAAGGACUGUUGGUGAUGAAGAUGAUCAGUUUCAAGGAUUUUGCGACGCUGGUUUGAAACUCUGUGACUGGUUAGAAGAUUCCGUCAAUAUGAGAUUGACAGUGUUGCCAUCGACAGCUGAGGUUUUGAUACGACAGUACAGAAUCAACUUUCGUACAAGUAGAAAAGGAAAUGACAAGCUCUGGACUGAAAAUUGUCAGAGCUUUAUUAAAUCUGUCAUCGAUCGGAGGAUUACUAGAGUAACCUCUUGGAUUGAGAUCAAUUUUCCUGCUAGAGAACGUCUUAGCAGCCAACUUUUGUUGAUGUUAGAUGGUCUUAUUAAAAGAUACAGAACGGUUUACUUUUCUGAUUUGAUUAAUGAAUGGACGCUCUGUAGAAAUGUUUGCCGGCAAAAGACAGGAAGUUCUGUGCGAUGUCAACGAGAAUGCUUACGUUUAAAAGGAAUAUGUUCCGAUGACACGUCAAACUGCCAUUGCUUAGAGAAAAAUCAUAGUUGCACAAAUAGUUGUGAUUACUGUCUCAACUCUUUAUCUGGUUUGUCUAAUCCUAAACGUUGCAAUCUUGGAGCCGAGCACGAUGUCAAUGUGCCACACAGGUGUGACGAACUUAGUCACAAAUGUAAAAAGAAAUGCUCAAAAUGGCAAGCACGAAAUUGCAUGAAAAUAUGCAAUAUUGCUUAUGAAACCAACCACGAUCGGCAUCUUUGCAGUGCUGGCAACAAGCACAAAUGUACAAAAAUAUGCUCAGGCUGCGACGACACUUGUGAUCUCGAGUUCGAGCACGAUGUCACUUCAAGUCACACUUUACACAGAUGUACUAACCGACGGUGCAUUCAUCGUUGCGAAGUAAUGGGCUGUGAUCGCCUAUGCGUGGAGGAUCAUUUACACUUUGUUGAAGUGCCCCAGUCAUCCCAUUUCUGUGGAAAUGAACAUGAUUGUGUUGAUCAGUAUUGUUCUGUGAAAGAAGGACGUUGCCAAAAAACCGAAACAACUUCUGCUCCAUGUUCUAUCCGCAUUCCAUCUAAACAGCAUUCUCACAAAGAAUCUCAUUACUGCAGACUUGUUCACUACUGCAACCAGAAAUGUCCUUGUGGCUGCGAUAAACUGUGUACUACUAAAAUGCAGAUUCCAGAAACCGCAACUCAGACUAUUUGUUUUAAGAAACACGACGGUUUUUGUAAUACAGGAAAGCAUACAUUUGCUGACUCUCCAGUAACGGGACUCAAACAGAUUCUGGAGAAAAUGGAAGGUGAAGUCAAGCAGAAAAUGGCAGUUGGAGUUACAGAAAUUUCAAAAGAUGAGUUAGUAGUUGUUAGUCAUGGAGGUUCGAGAGAGGAUACAUUUCGUUUAUGUAAUGUUGUAGGAAAACAAGUUAAUGUUACACACCAGUUACUAGUUCUAUUAAUUGCUGCUUUCAAGAAGAAAAGGAAUCGUGACGAGGAAUCUGAUUCGCGAUGGAAAAAAGGUCUAGAAGACUACAUACAUAGUAUUCUCGAAGAGCGAAAAAAGAGCGUACUAAAAUGGAUAGGAAAGAAUCUACCCCAAAGUGAGUGCUUAAACUCAGAAGAUGUAACUUCAUCGCUGAAUGAAUUCAAAGAGCGUUGCAGCAUUGAGAUAUUUGACCGCCUUCAAGAGCAAUGGAAAUUGUGUUCUCGAACUUGCUCCCUCCGUGAAAAAGACUGUGAAAGAUGUCAAAGAACUUGCAUAAAACUUGCAACUGAAUGCUUUGCUAAUGGAAGAGGAGAAGGCUGUGACUGCCUUGAAUACGAUCAUCGAUGUACGCAUGACUGUUCACAUUGUGUAAUAGCGUUUGGCCUGCAAAACAAAAGGAAAUCGUCACUAGAGUCUCGUUGUCGCCUUGGAGCAAGGCACAAUAACCAGCAUCUGUGCUACAGAGCAGAGCAUCGAUGUCCGGAAAAGUGUUCAAAGUUUAUGGCACGAGGUUGCUUAGGAGAUUGCUCAUACGAACUCGAAAACCAUCCAGAAUUGCACCUGUGUAGCCCAGGGUCUAAUCACAAAUGCACAGAAUUUUGUUCAGCUGAAAAAGUAGGAUGCAACAAGCUGUGCGACAGAGAAUUCGAACACCAGCUAAUGCAAAACGGCGACUUACAUUUCUGUGGUGAACGAAAAUGCGUUCAAAAGUGCAGACAUGCUGGAUGUUCGCGUCGCUGUGCAAAUAAAGAUCAUUUACAUGAUCUAAAUAACCGUGACAGUCAUCUAUGCGAUAAGCAACAGCACGACUGCGAUAAGACUUGCAACGUUCAAGGUGGUCUCUGUCCAGGUCGCAGUUACGCGUCCACGAAUCCUUGUGUCGUACCCAUUGACCAUAGUGAAAUAUCACACAAAGGACUUCAUUAUUGCGGUCAAAUUCACCUUUGCGACAAACGCUGUCCUUGUUGUGAUGCAUUUUGCAAGAAAGUAUUAGUCUCCGUCAAAGAUGGGCAACAACGCAUUACUCGAUUCACAAACCAUGAAGGUCUUUGCAAUACCGACGCACACCAAAAAGCCAAGAAGUUAAAGAUAGAAAACUCAUUAGGUUAUACUGAAGCUUCCAGCGAGGGAGAAUGGUGUGGAAAUGUCUGCCUUCGGCUCGGGAGAGGUCAUCUCCACAUUGUUCCAUGCAAAAGAGAUGACAAGAUCUGCACUGGCCAUCACACUGUAGUAGACGAAAGUGGUCAGCGUUUAGAUCAAGUGCUUCAUAGCACAUUUUGGGAACAUUUUGCUCAUUUUGAAGAUCCAUGCAAAGACAGAGAACAGCAAGAAAUAUUUAAUAUGUGUCCAACGUACUGCUCGUCAAAAUCAGAAAGCGAAAUACAAGCAAACACACACAGCGAGUGCUUUUGCAAGAUGGAACGUUGGCACGACGACAUUAUUGAAGACACUGAUGUGGACGGCCAUGUACUAGAUGGGCAUCAGUUUGGGUGUCGUCACCACAAGCACAUAAUUGUACUAGUGGAUUGGUCAGAAUCCAUGACUAGGGAGAUGGAUAAGGAUAAAGAUUUGGAGGCGACCCCAUCUAUGUCGCACCCUGCAGCAUGCUCGAAGCGUACUCGUUUGGAUAGGGUAAAAAAUGCCACAAUAAACUUUUUGGAACAACUCAACAAAACAUCGCAGACUUUUAUAGUCUCUGUAAUAUGUUUCUCUAACGAAGCACGAGUUACCAUAGACAGUGCAGACGUAGCAACUGCUUGCCAAAAGCUGUCGACUACUGAGUGGACUGAGAUUAAACACCUCGGAACAAACUAUCUCCCUGCUAUCGAACAGGUAAAGUCAAUCCUAAUUUCUCGUCAAAAUUUGAGGGAAGGAGACGAUACUUACUAUAAACCAGCAAUCUUUUUCUUGAGCGAUGGCGAGGCGAAUGACCCGGACAGAGAUCCUAUAUAUGCUAAGACUAGAGAGUUAGUUCAACUAUACGACGCUACAUUUAGCACGUGCCUUUUUGGGCCUGGCGAAGGUAACGGUCGAGAGACAUUGGUGAAAAUGUCAGAGAGCGGAUGUUCAAACUUUUACGAAGCUCCUACAGGUAAAAAGCUGCAAGAAGAUCUUAACGCCUUCAAAGCGUCUCUCUACAAGACGAAAACUAUCAGUGGAUACAAAUGACUGAUGGCAGAUAGUGCUAGUAAUACUAAACGGAAGACAACAGACUGUAUGACUAGUGGAGCUAUACUGCUGAACAUUUUACGAUCCAUUUUAUUAAUUUGUUCUUUCACUAUCAUUUUAAUCAUUUUUAAUGUGUCUAGAUUUUGUUAGUUGGGCUCGUCAGCUGUGACUGUUAUGUUGUGUGUAUGUAUUGGUGUGUAGACAUUUUUAUUUCAGCUAGCUGGGACGCGUGGAAAAUUUUACAAUUGCUUUUGCAUAUUAGACAAUUACAGGGUUGUUCUUGUUAUGU